AUGCCUAGGAAAGAAAUAAACCGAAUCCUCCCAUCGCCAUGCCCUCCAAGCAGCGAUCCGGGAACCAUCCUAGUCGAAACUGAAAGGCUCAUUAUACGGCGAUACCUAUUAUCAGAUGCUCCGGCUCUAGCAUUGGCCGCAAAUCACGAAGAAGUUGCGGCUUACAUGAGCGAUCGCUUCGCCAGCCCGUACACCGUUGCCGACGCCGAGAACUUCAUCAAACUUACUUUCCAUGACGACGAUACGGCAGCAUACCCGCACUCUUCAGCCAUCGUCUUGAAGCCGGGAUUUCCAGGCAAUCCUUCCACUACUGAGCCACUUAUCAUCGGUGGUGUUGGGUUACACUCUUUGACUGACAUAUUCUACCGAACGUGGGAUAUGGGCUACUAUCUUUCUCCGACAGUGUGGCGCCAAGGCUAUGGAACCGAGGCGCUGAGCGCCUUCACAAGAUGGGUGUUUGACACUUGGCCCUUACUAAACCGCAUACAAGCUCGUACAUAUGAGAGCAACAUUGCGAGCCAAAAGUUGUUACAGAAAUGCGGCUUCGUGAUAGAGGGGAGAGGAAGAGGGGUUAUUGAAAAGAGUGGGAAGCUUAUGGAUGAUGUUGCGUUUGGUCUCAUAAGAGAUGACUUGAAGUGA